UAUAAUGUAUUUGUCAAAUGGAUCAACACAUCCAACGAUUUCCAUUUAAUAUUAUGAAUAUUAUUUUUUGUUAUUGUUAAAAAUCGGUAUGAGUUCCAAGAAAUCUGAUAAUAAUAAGCUACCAGAUGGUUGGGUACUAUGUCAAUCAAAAUCAAUUCCGGGAAGGAAGUAUUUUUUUAACAAAAAAACUGGGAAAUCUUCGUGGUCCCAGCCCCAGGCUGAUGACAAAUCUGGUAGGAUGACGUGUAAAAAAGAAAAAUUAAGGAGACAAGAAAGAAAGCGGAGAGAGGAACUCGCCAAAAAGGCAGCCAAAAGGAAAAGUGAUGUUAAUGAUGGAAGUGAUUCAAGGAAAAGAACCAAAGGUGCUUCUGAUGCAGGGUGCAGCUCUAGAGGUAGGCUGAAAGAAAGUCCUCAUCAUCAUAGAAGGAGAAAAGAGUCAUCACAACCAUCACACAGCACUCCAAAAACCACUCCAUCAAAAUGUACACUCAGUAACUCUGUGUCUCCACAAAAACAUUCCUCUUCAAAAAAUACAGCAAAUACAAGGCUUUCAAAUCUAAGAGCAAAACUGGCAGCAGAAGUAAGAGAAGAAGACCUCAAUCUUAAAAAGAAGAUCAGUCCUAAAACAAAUAACGAAACACCACAGAAGAGUCAAAGAAGUGAGCAGAAAAGUCCCAGCCUAAAUGAUUCCAAAUCAACUCAAUCACCGAGCAGUGAUAGCUCUCAAUCAAUGCCCUCACCCUCGCAGUUCUUUGCUGCUAAUAAGAUCAUAUCUUCAAUGAAGGCUCAGUUGCCUGAGGAGUAUUGUAAUAAAGAGAAACAGAAGGAUACUUUUGCGGAUAUUGAAAAGGGUAUAUGUAGCCAAACAACCGAGUACCCGUUUUCAAAGCACCCCGCUACACCCCCACAGUUUUCGGAAGCCAGCAAAUUAGUAUCGGCUAUAAAAUCCAAAUUGGCAUACAAAGGCUCCUCUUCGAAGGAAGGACUCAAAACAUUUCCGUCAGCCAAUGCCAGGCUGGAAGUUUUGAGGGCGAAUCUGAGUAUGGAGGCAGAACAAGAAAUGGGGGAUAGUUUUUUAAGUAAAAGUAAUGAUUCAGAACAAAGGGACAUAUCAGAGGCAAUGGAGGUUGAAGAAAUAAAAGAGGCCAAACAUAAUGAGACGUUUCUGAGGGACAGCACGUCGGGAGACGACCUGGUUUUGGUCAUUGACACUAAUAUAUUUAUUCAUGACCUUGACUUCAUCAAGGUCGUCCUCAACUCACAUAUCAAAGGCUACAGCGAACAACCAACAGUCCUCGUUCCCUGGCGAGUGAUCAACGAGCUCGACCGUCUUAAAGACAACAACAACGGCAACGGUUCCCUCUGCAAGAGGGCCAAGGCUGCUAUGGACUAUCUGUAUAAAUCACUACCAGAGAACAGCAGAAUUAAAGGUCAAUCAUUGAGGGAUGCCAAUUCUCACAUAUACCCGUGCGAGGUUCCAGACGAUGAAAUAUUGAACUGCAGCCUGCAGCAGCUGGAGAGAGACAAGAAUGUUAUACUGCUGACCAACGAUAAGAACCUGUGUAACAAGGCCAGCAUCAAUAACGUGAAACACAGCAACGUCAGCGAACUGCAGAAACUGGUGGAGAACAAGCCACAGCCGCAGACCAGCGACCUGCGGGCCACCGUCAAGAGAUACACCGAAGGAGUCUACCACCUCCUCGCCAACAUACUGGAGAAUGAGAUGCGAGCCAAGUACAACGAGCUCUGGCAGCACGUGGUGUUCAAGCCGCCGCCCUGGUCGCUGGACGACGUCCUGCAGUGCCUGCUGAAGCAUUGGAUCGCCGUCUUCAACGAGGUGUUCCCCAGGAUCGAGCAUCUGUUGGCCGACCUCCGAACCAGCCUCAUAACGAUCGAGAAAAAAGAGCCGAGCACCCUGACGCAGUCCGAGGUGUCGACGUUUAAGGAGUUGUGUGUGGACGUGACCCGCCGCUGUCAGAUCAUCCCGGAGUACAUGGAGCUGGCUAAGACCACCCUCGCGCAGCUGACGCGAGACGGAAUCGCCCCGGACACCGUGGACGCCUUCGAGGCGCUCUGGACCGUGCUCUCCAGCUACUGCGCCAAGCUGGCUUCAGCGUUGGGCGUGUCUCACUGUAUCGAGGACUCGGUGGGCGGCGAGGAGGGCCUGCAGCAGCUGGUGUCCAGGAUCGCCUCCGUCAGCUCGCACGUCAACAAUCUGGCCGCCGCACUAGCUGGGGCCCUGGAGGGGGGAGCGGGCGGGGAGGGCGCGGAGGGUGUGAGUAGUCCGUCGUCUCGUCUGCAGCACGCCGUGCUGUCCGCGCUUGCUGACUGCGGCCUGCGGGCGGCGCUGCGGCGGGACCAGCUGGUCGCCUUCUGCCAAGACUGCAGGAACAUGUUGCAGGAGGCUCACGACAAGUUCUCGCAGCUGUCCGAGCUGCUGAGCGUGUGUCAGGGCAGACUGGCCACCGCCGUCCGCGACAUGAACUGACCGUUCUGCUGAGAACCCCGUCUCUGUCAUCCAGGUGUCGGCUCUCUGCACGACGUCACGCGCGCCUCUCCCUCUAACAACAUUAAGUGUUUUGUUUCCCAUGUACCUAGUAUAGUGAACGUCUGUUAACUAUCGAUGUCUGUCGCCGCGCGUGUCGUGUCGUGUCGCGUCGUGUCGUGUCGUUUCGUGUCGUGUCGUCUCGUCUCGUCCCCGUUCCCCGUAUCUAGUCGCAAUUUGUACAAACAAAUUUAAUAUUAACUUAGAGCAAAUUUGUAUAAAACGUAUUUAUCUUCGUAUUAUUUAUGAAGUUCCUUUCAUAAUGUUUUUUCUAUUUUUUAUUAUAACUUUACAUGUGUGUGUGUAACGUGAAAUAUGUGUGUGCGUGAGUGUGUGUGUGUAACGUGAAAUGAGUGUGUGUGUCUGUGUGUGUAACGUGAAAUAUGUGUGCGUGAGUGUGUGUGUCUAUGUGUGUGUGGGGGGGGGAGUAUGUGUGUGUGUGUAUGCGUGUUCGUGUGUGUGCAUGUGUGCGUGUGCGUGUGUGUGUGGUUGAUUCCAUGCCGGGCUCGUAUCGUUUUGUGUAACCUCAAACAGCAAGCUCUUCCUGCUUGUAAAUGAUUCGUUCGUUAAGUUCAAUCUUAAUGUGUUCAUGUUCUCGCUCGUUCCAUCAGAGAUCCAGAAUGUUUGCUGUUACGUUAACAAACAUUAUUUCUGUGUUUGUAUUAAUACUUUAAGGAGUUGUUUUUUAUUUAUUAUAAUAAUUAUAUUGAUGUUUUUUUUACAGUAGGAUAAGUGAUUUAUUACUGUUACGUUAAAAUUUGUAAUUAUGUUAAGAGAUCAUUAUAAUCCUACUUCAAUGCAUUUAUCACUGUUUACAACGAGUUCUCAUCGUCACACUACACACCAAGCGUUCCCCGUUCGUCAUUCAAUAACCUACUUUAAUACUGUAACAUGAGAGUAUUUGUAAAUGAAAGACUGGAAACGUCUAGUAUGUAGUGUGAUGGUGCGAACUCGUUCUAAGGGAAUAGGCCAGAUAUAAAAUUUACAGUAACCGAAAUAAGAUGAGCUAUGUAUUAUCGGAUGCAUUAUAAUGAUCCGUGUUGUAUAUUUGUUGUGAUGUGAAAGGGACUUCAUCGUCUUCCAAGACUGACUACUGUAUAUUUUGGUACGCCUUAAAUAAGUUCUGUAGAUACUUCCGGCGGUCCCGACGUCUGACAGCGAGGGAUCUUGUUAUAAUGGUCGUCAUCCGAUGAAACGCCAGCGCCGGCGGCGGGACCGCUCCGUGUUGGACGUUAAGUUUUAUUGAGCCGUUCGUUUAAGUUUCUUUGUAUAUAUCAUUGUUCCGGCUGUUGUCUAACUCGUAGGCGUUAAGGAUAACUCCGCUCGGUGUGCGCCGACUCCGGCUUAGUACAGAAACUAAUAAAUGUAUGUAAGAAACGAUUAAAUAACAAAAAAAAUAUAAUGUUCUCCUCAUCCGUAUACAAAUAAUUGAUGUCAAUGUCUUACUGAUUAUGCUGUCUGUGUGUCCGGUAGAGGGCGUUAGCUGCUAUACUAUGUUAAGCGUUUUUAGGUUCUAAAGAUGUAUUUAAAACCAUGAAACUAUUCAGAUUCUACAAAACCGAGUUUGGAAAAUACAAAUGUCGUAAAGAUUAGAACUUCCGUUUAAUUUGUAAUGCAGGGGCAAUGCACCUUGCUUGUUGGCAUGCGGCGCCGCUCGGGGCUCGCUGACCGCCGCUCUGCCACACAACACCCUGUAUAAACAGCUUGUUCACUGACCUGAGCUGGCGCUGGCAAGACUUACAUAUAAUGUUACAUUUGCCAAACGCGUGGCCUGGGGGCUCCAAUAAAACUAUUGAAAAAAUCUUUUAUUUAUCAUCCCUUUUCAAAGAUUGUAUGUCACACCGAACAGGUCCAGCGGUGCUCGGUGGCCUGUCAGUAUCACAAACUAUUUACUGUUUCAUUCAAAAAACUUGGGUAAAUAGAAGAAUUUAUAUAAAAACUAUAGUGAUUUCUAUCCUAUAUAUUAUUUUGUAUUUAUCAAUAAAUAUAUAUAACUACA